GGGGACGCGACGCACUGGCUGACGUCACUCGCCGUGCGCCGCUCGAGCUCCCUGACAGCAGGCAGUCUUUGGAGGAGUGAACCUAUAUAUCUCUAAACAUGUUGGCAUUUUUCUUAAUUGGAUUGCUGGUGCAUGUUGUGUUUUUUGCCUCCAUCUUUGAUAUCUACUUCACCUCUCCACUGGUGCAUGGAAUGACUCCUCAUCAAACACCACUGCCCCCACCAGCUAAGCGUCUUGUCUUCUUUGUUGCCGAUGGAUUACGUGCAGACACCUUUUUUGAGCUGGAUGAGCAAGGGCAAACGCGUUCACCGUUCCUCAGGAAUGUGGUGGAGCGUAGUGGAAGUUGGGGUGUGUCUCACACACGAGUUCCCACUGAGUCGAGGCCUGGUCACGUAGCACUGAUUGCUGGGUUUUAUGAGGAUGUCAGUGCUGUUGCUAGAGGUUGGAAAGAAAACCCAGUAGAAUUCGAUUCAAUUUUUAAUGAGAGCAAAUCCACGUGGUGCUGGGGAAGUCCAGACAUUUUACCUAUGUUCGCCAAAGGUGCCAGCGGUGAUCAUAUUCACACGUAUAUGUACCCAUCUGAGAAUGAAGACUUUGCUGCUAAAGAUGCUUCAAAACUAGAUACUUGGGUGUUCAAUGAAGUAAAGGAAUUUUUUGAAUUUGCAAGUAACAAAAUUCUCUUAGAUAAAAUGAGAGAAGACAAGAUAGUUUAUUUCCUCCAUUUACUUGGGUUGGACACAAAUGGACAUGCGUACAGGCCAAUGUCAAGCGAGUACAAGGAGAAUGUCCGAAUAGUUGAUGCAGGUAUCCAGAAAGUGGUGUCCAUCAUUGAAAACUUCUACGGAAAUGAUGGGAAAACUGCCUUUAUUUUUACUUCUGAUCAUGGAAUGACAGAUUGGGGUUCCCAUGGUGCAGGCCAUCCCUCAGAAACACUAACUCCAUUGGUUGCGUGGGGAGCCGGAGUAAAUGGACCACGACCAGGUUCAGGCCAGCAGUUUCCAGAUGAUUUUUUGCAAGAAUGGAAACUAAAUGACUGGAAGAGAUUAGAUGUAAAUCAGGCUGAUAUAGCUCCACUGAUGGCUGCUUUAAUAGGAACUUCAUACCCUCUGAAUUCUGUGGGCAUUUUACCUUGGGAGUAUUUAAACAGCAGUGACCUCUUCAUAGCUGAGAGCAUGCUAGCAAAUGCCAUGCAGAUAUUGGAACAAUUUACGAUAAAAAUGCAACAGAAAAAAGAGACCACUCUGUCCUUUUUGUUUAGCCCCUUUACACCUCUUCAGCUUUCCAAUCAGCAAGACAUGCUUCGUACAGCAAGAUUAUAUAUUCAGCAACAGCAGUACAAUCAAGCAAUCAAUCUGUGCAAGUCAUUAAUAAACCUCGCUCUGGAAGGGCUCUCGUAUUAUCAUACCUAUGAUCGGAUCUUCUUGGGAAUGAGUGUGGUGCUGGGGUUUGUGGGAUGGAUCUCUUAUGCUUUUGUGCUGAUUGUCAAACUCCACACGAGUAUAAGCAGGCCAGUCUCCAAACUGGAAAAGCUGUCAUCCAGUGAUCGUCUUCCUGCAAUAUUCAUUGGGACUGGUGUACUGAUAACACUUUUUCUGCUGAUUCAGAGCUGCCCAUGGACCUAUUACAUUUACAGUCUGUUGCCAGUCCUAAUGUGGUAUGCAGUUAUAAAAGAGUUUAGGGUUAUUAAAAGUGUAAUUAGUUCAUUUUCAAGUCAACCACCUGCAAAAUUUGUCUUUUUACUGAUUUCUAUUCUGGGCAUUGAAAUCAUGGUUUUGAGUUUUUUCUACCGUGAAGUACUUGCGCUUGGAUUGCUUGCAUUUGCAGGAUGGCCAUUGGUAUCCAGGCUGUUUUACCAGAAUAAGGUCAUGGCUUCGACAUGGAUUCUGUUUAGUUUUGUCCUGGCUGUCUUUCCGUUGAUGCCUGUGGUUGGUAGGGCCUCCAAUAUUCCUCUUGUAACAGGAGCUGGGUUAUUGAGUGUAAUCUUCGGCUGUGUUUGCUGGGCUUCUUUUAGGACAGGAAAGAUGAAAGCCCUCCACACCAGUAUAGAAAGAAGAAUAUUUAUUACACAGAUGCUGAUUAUCAUUAUGUCCAUCUACGUUGUGAAGACCACCCAUGCCAGCCUAGCACGUAAACAAGGAUUGCCAGUAAUCAACCAGAUCAUAAGCUGGAUGACCCUAGCCUCUUCCUUUUUAAUGCCAGUGCUUAGCUCUACAGUUUUCUUCCACCGACUGCUAAGCAUUUCUCUCUCCUUGAUAUCCACCUACCUUUUACUCAGCACAGGAUAUGAGGCUUUAUUUCCUCUAGUGCUCUGCUGCUUGAUGUUUGUUUGGAUUAACCUGGAACAGGAAACGGUGCAGAUACAUGGUAUUUCUCCUGCUCAGAAGCUCUCCAUGAUUGAUUUUGCCCAGAAGGCAGAUGGAACACAGCUUCGGCAGAUCAGACUUGACGAUAUAAGAAGAUCUUAUUUCUUUACUUUCUUCAUUGUGACCGCGUUCUUUGGAACUGGAAAUAUAGCUUCUGUUAACAGUUUUGAUCCUGCCUCUGUGUACUGCUUCCUGACUGUUUUUAACCCUUUUGUGAUGGGCGCAUUAAUGAUGUGGAAGAUACUGAUUCCUUUUGUGAUUGUAAUGUGCGCAUUUGAAAGUAUUCAGGUUUCAACUCAGUUAUCGUCAAACAGUUUGUUCCUUAUUGUGCUUGUGAUCUCGGACAUCAUGGCUUUGCAUUUCUUCUUUUUGGUAAAAGACUAUGGAAGUUGGCUGGAUAUCGGAACAAGCAUCAGUCAUUAUGUCAUUGUGAUGUCCAUGACCAUCUUUCUCAUGUUUCUGAGUCGACUGGCAGACAUUCUGACCACCCAGAGAAUUAGACUUCCAGAGAAAAUUAAAUGGCAUUUUCUGUAAAUGUCAGUGAUCUGUAGUGCAAUGCAAACAGUUGAACUGGAAUUUAUUUUACACCAGGAAACUAUUUUAGGUUAAGUCGAUGAAAAGUAAUUAGAUGAUGUUAUUAACCAUGGGGUUAGGGCUGGGGGGCCCUAAAAGCAACUGUGGGUUUGUUUUAAAGUCUGAUUAAAAUCAUAUUAAUGUGCAGGCUGCUUUAAAUUGGCAAUUGAAGACCAAAGUAAAUAACUUGGUACUCUUUGUAUCGGCGGUUUUACUGAGAACCAGUGACAGACUUACACUCUAUGGAAUUACAUGUAUUCAGUGAUGAGCUUUGCUGGCUUCAAGGUGAUGUGCAUUACACAGCCGAGAUGAGCCAACCCUUUGUGAUGCUCCCGGUAUUCUAGUUCCUGAGCCAAGUGGAUCUGCUGUACUCCAGGGCACUGCUGAUGACAAACCAGACAGUCACAAGGAGGGGCAGUGCAAUCACUUGGGGUGGGGAUAGUGGGGGAGAGACAGGGAUCCUUCCACCUUGGCUCCUAUUAACCCUACAACCUAAAGUCCUAUCGGCUAGACAAAGAGCAGGAAGCUUACCAGAAGACUCUAAAUGGCAAUGCUCAAUGUAUUUUUUUAGCUGGAAAAACUCCAGUACCCCAACACACACUUUAAGGUUCUUAGUCCUUGCCAACCUGCGCCUAUUACUCUACAGGUAAGCAGGGUGCAUCCCUCGAAGAAGACACUAUCAUACCAUUCCAGACACGGAAAUUUCCAGGCAUAGGUGACAUAUACUGUUUAUGUGGCACUCUGUCAGGUUUGGAUACUCUUAAGUAUGGUGGUGGGUUUCCAUAGUCACUAACCAAAAACAAUCUAAACAAGAGAGAAGCGUUGCUGGCAACUUGCUGAUUAGAAAAUGUACAUUUUUGAAUAAGAGGACAACAAUCAUUUUUAAGUGGCAAAGUGGACUUAUUUUCUAUAAGUAAGCCUAUUUAAAGAUUAUUUUUAUAUUUAUUUGUUUGUACUUUGAUAUGCUCGAUAAUGUAAUCAAACGUUUAAGAAUGUGGUGAAUUUAUGGGAUGUGGAGUUAUCUGUAAUCUAAAUACCACUACAACCUUUGCAGAUGUGCCAUAAUGAAAUGCUGUUAUUUAAUUGUAUUAUUGAAAUAUUCUUUAAAUGCUAUUAUUAAUUAUUCAUUAAAUGGGAUAAUAUUAGAGUUGAUUGCAUAUUUAUGUAAUGUGCCCUGCUGUUAAAUUUAGGCACUUUCCAGGGAGGUGCAGUUACUAGCGCUUUGCAUGUGAACAAUGUGUACAAUUUUUACAUUCGACUCUAUUAAUUUACUUGUGUAAUAAAGAGUACCUCUUUU